CUUAAAGCACGUCAGGGUGUAUUCAACGGCAAACGAGUCGAAUACUUCAAGGGAAAGAGUGCAAUUAACGCUCUUCUCAAGGAGAACUUUGGUAAGCUGGUGACAAAGGGCCCUCCUCUGACUGAAAGAGAGCAGGCUCAUGCUGUGAUGAAUGAUCUUGGACGUCAUGGCUUCAUUCUGCAUGUUGACCGCGGAGAUUCCAUCAGUGGCAAGGGCUCGCCAAAGGUUUUACAACCUAACGCCGUACAAGAAAUCAAGGAAGAUAGUUACUACAUGUGGAUUUGGGAAGGUUCUCAGCUAAAGUUAUAUGUUGGUGCUGCUUGUCUUGUGGCUACAAUUCUUGCUGCAGUCCUGUUCCCCCUUUGGCCUGAUAGUCUUCGUAUGGGUGUGUGGUAUCUUAGUGUUGGUGUAUUGGGAUUGCUUGGUGUUUUCUUUGGUAUUGCCGCCGUCCGUCUUGUACUUUAUGUUAUCUCUAUUAUCAUCCUUCCUCGUGGGUUCUGGCUCUUCCCUAACUUAUUUGCGGAUUGUGGUGUCAUUGAGAGUUUUGCACCUUUCUACGGAUGGGAUGAACCAAAG